CAUUAGUUUUAAAAAAAAAAAAACUAGCGUCACUGCGAAAAUCAUAAUCUGGGAUUCUGGAUGUCGAGGGCAGUGUAGUGUUGAAUGAAGUAACAACUGAAAUUUCUGAAACCGUUCACUAUUAACCUACUAGAAAUUAUUCUUCCCUACAACCUUUCAACCAAUCCAGUCCUAAUUCAAAGAAAUGAGUAAAAAGAAAGUCUUGGUGGUGGGAGGCACUGGCUACUUGGGACAGCAUCUUCUUCAAGCCUUAUCAGAGAUCCAAGGAACACCGUAUGACGUGUCAGCCACUCAACUCUCCACUCCACCUCCUCAGCCUUUGCUUGACGCCCUUCCUCCCUCUUUCUCUUUUUUUCAUGUCGAUUUGAAAUCUGGAUCAGGGUUCGAUGCCGUUUCACUCAAAUUUGGUCAGCCCGAUGUUGUUGUGAACUGUGCUGCUCUCUCCGUGCCACGUGUUUGUGAAAAGGAUCCUGAUUCUGCUAUGUCUAUAAAUGUUCCUUCAUCUAUUGUAAAUUGGUUAUUGAGCUUUACCGAGGAUAAAGAAACUCUUGUGAUUCAUCUAUCAACGGAUCAAGUUUACGAAGGGGUGAAGUCAUUCUACAAAGAAGAAGAUGAAACUGUUCCAGUGAAUGUUUAUGGCAAAUCAAAAGUUGCAGCUGAGAAGUUUAUCUCUGAGAAAUGCUCCAACUUUGCAAUUUUGAGAAGCAGUAUUAUCUUUGGCCCACAAACUAUUUCACCUGUACCUAAGUCUCUUCCAAUUCAGUGGAUGGAUGGUGUUCUCGCUAAAGGAGAUAAAGUGGAGUUUUUCCAUGAUGAGAACCGCUGCCCAGUAUAUGUGAAGGAUGUUGUGACUAUCAUAAAGGCUUUGACAGAUAGAUGGUUUUCAGAGGGUAAGCAAAUGCAAUUACUAUUGAAUGUUGGUGGACCAGAUAGGGUAUCACGAGUUCAAAUGGCUGAGGCAGUGGCAGAUAUAAGAGGAUACAACACAUCCUUAAUCAAAUCAGUGUCUGCGUCAUCUGUCGACCGUGGUGUCAUGUCCCCUGCUGAUAUAUCCAUGGAUAUCACCAAAUUGGUUCAAACACUUAAUAUCUGUCCGGUAACAUUCAGAGAUGGUGUCAAACUGACACUAGCAGAAGAAGCUAAAUCUUAAUGUUUCAAAUACAUUAUGAAUGAUUCUUUAUUAUUUUGUGAGCUUUAUAAUUGAAGCUAUAGCGCAAACAAAAAUUUACACGCUCUUAAUUCAUUUAUUACACUUGAUAUAUGCUUCUAUAUGUGCGAAUCUGGUGUCAAGAUUUGUCAGAGUACAGGAUCUCUACCGUUCCAGUGAACUACUGCUCGUGUUUGUGGUCAAGGAAGAUCCAUUUCUUGUCGCAACUCUGUAUUCUAAGUUUUUGUUGGAUGAUAAUCCAAGGAAAACUAGUACUUUUGCUUGAAGCCGAGGAAGA